AACUCGGAGGGCAUUAUGGACGAGCAAGGGAUCGAGUUCAAGGCCAUUGUUGCAAAUGGGUUGAAACUCGGUGCGUCACUCACAAUGGCGGAACACAUUCAGUGGCUUCGGUGGAUGUUCCCAUUGGAGGAGGCGGCGUUUGCGAAGCAUGGGGCCCGCAGGGACCGACUCACCAAAGCUAUCAUGUAUGAUCAUGCACUCGCACGAGAAAAGAGCGGUGUGAAGCAACAUUUCGUCGAUGUGUUGCUGACCCUCCAGGACAAAUAUGAUCUUAGCGAAGACACAAUCAUUGGACUGCUUUGGGACAUGAUCACAGCAGGCAUGGACACUACUGCAGUAUCAGUUGAGUGGGCCAUGGCAGAGCUAAUCAAGAACCCAAGAGUGCAAGAGAAGGCCCAAGAGGAGUUAGACCGAGUCAUCGGGUUCGAUCGAGUGAUGACUGAGUCAGACUUCCCAAACCUCCCCUACCUGCAAUGCGUGGCUAAGGAGGCUCUACGUUUGCACCCACCAACACCCCUCAUGCUCCCCCACAAGGCCACUGCCAACGUCAAGAUCGGCGGCUAUGAUGUUCCCAAAGGCUCCAACGUGCAUGUGAACGUGUGGGCCAUUGCGCGUGACCCAGCUGUGUGGAAAGAUCCAUUAGAAUUCUGCCCUGAGCGCUUCCUCGUUGAGGACAUUGGCAUGAAGGGUCAUGAUUUUCGGCUACUACCGUUCGGAGCAGGCCGACGGGUUUGCCCUGGGGCCUAGCUGGGGAUUAAUCUG